AUGGUACUCUCCUGGAUCUUAAACGUUCUCUCCAAACCAUUGGCUGACAGUGUUAUCUAUGUCGAGACUGCUUCUUCUGUCUGGAAAGAUCUCGAGGAACAUUUUUCUCGCACCAAUGCUCCUCGGGUUUUCCACCUUAAACGUUCCAUCGCCACGAUCCAGCACGGCAUGGACUCUCUGGUUGAUUAUUUUACUCGGCUGAAAGUCUUGUGGGAUGAGUUAGCCUCUCAUGCCCCCACCGUCACUUGCAUAUGUGGGGCUCCUAUUGCUCCUCAAUCGACUGCUCAGGAGGAGCGUGUUUAUCAGUUUCUCAUGGGUCUGUCUCUCUGA